CCCAUUACAGUACUAUACGGAGUGUGCUUGGUUUUCACAUCGUAAAAACCCACGCUUCCCGUCAUAUCCGGAAUUUUGUUGUAUGCAUGCAUUUUGCAUCAGAAUGUACCAUUAUUAAUAUUCAUGUUUAUAGUCUUAAAACCUCUUUCUUUUCGAAACUCAUAAAGCUGCGUAAACACUCCAGAACUGUCAAAGAAAGCCUCGACUCAAACGACAGAAUAACAGCACACACGAAGGAAACAACAACGAAAUAUUACAAUCCCCAGUAUGGUUCGCUCAUCUGGACAACAUAAAUGUGGUCUCAUCUUCUGUGGUGUGACGAUGCUGUUCCUGGGUUCGGGGAUAACCGUCGCUGGAUUUCUAAAUGAUUUUCUGGAUCCUUACGACGAGUUCUCGAAGCCUGAAAACACUUAUUUUACUCACACGCAAUACUGGCUUGGAAUUCCAGUAAGUUCAAAUAUUUUGUGUUUUUGUUUUCAUAUCAACUGCCGUAGGUUGUCUUAUUUGGGUAAAAAAUCCUUUAAAUAGUUGUAGCUAUGUUAAUAAUAGAUACUACAUGCGGUCGGAGCCGAUGUCGUAUCAUCUUUUAUGAUACUCCGCGAAAAAUACGCCGGAAGCAAAGUAUUUCACAACAUCAACCGAGUUCUGAAAAUUGUUCAUGAACAACAUAUAAUGACUUCUGUUGAAAACAAAAUUGUGAAAAAUUUAGGUUUAAUAAAUAGUUUUUACACUAUCAAAGUUUCUGUGAUCAAAGUAGAAAUCUUGCAUUGGUAAAUUCUACGUUUUGAAGAAUUUGUAAGAUGUUUGAGGAAACUGACUUAAUGUCAAUAAACACUUAAUUAUUUAACGAUUUAAUAUGUAUAAUGGUCUCUUGAGAGCAUGGAGUCAUAGACCAAUAUCGAUAUACCAGACCAAAAGCUAUAAACUGACAUGACUAAUGUCUGUAAUUAAAAAAAUAAAUUCAAAUGUUACUUAGUCAUAAAACUGCAAGACAGCUCUCUCGGUUCGAACUGUCGAAGAAUGGUAACUUCAGGAGGACUGGAGGAGAAUCUGGGGAAAACCAGAGGAGUUGAUAAACCCUACAAUCUUGGAUCGGCUGGUUUAGAUUACCUUUCCCUCUAUAUAAAAUCCGCAUACCUUUAUAUAUUCAUGAUGCAUGUUCAAUAAUGUCGAGCCUCUUAAGCCCCCGCUCUCCCAACUCAAUUUUGAGCUUGGGUCAUUGUAAAUAACCAAAAGUUGUUUCGGCGCUGUUUACAGCAUUGAACUGGAGGAGAGGGGGUGACAAUUAAGUUUUGUUUUGUGAAUGUUCAUUAACUUUGCAAUAUUGGUUGGAACGGUCUCAAGUGUUAUGUUCAAGAUUGUACAGUCAUAAUUACUUCGGCGUUAUCAUGUUACUAUGGCAUAUAAGCAUUUUGCUGUAUGAAUUUCACUUGUAAUAAAUCUCUAUAAUUAGGGCAUAACUGACAUACCCCUCCACUUAAUUACUCGAUUUCUUGUAAUAAUACACUUAGUGUACAGUAGAAUACAACAAUUAUAUUUGCUUUUGUUUUUUGCUUAACUUUUGUCUAUAUGAACGGAAAUGCAACUUCAUGGGCAAAACGUGCGAACCGCCUCUCCCCCGCCCUCGCGUUUCCCCCCAUACAAUAGACCUUUCCCGUUAUGUGUGAAAUUUUGAUCUAGAUAUGCCUGGACAAAAAUUUCAUCACAGCUUGAAAGAGCAUCACAAAAUUAGUAAUAUUGCGAAGUUUCGUUGCGAAAUGUUGUAAAAUGCGGAUAAUAUAGCCUUGCGAAUUUUGCCGUUUUUCAGUCAUUUUGCAUUACAAACGGGAAAUUGAUAAUCAGAUGAUCAAACUGAUUACCAAUUUCCCAUUUGUAAUACAAAAUGACUGAAAAACGGCAAACUUCGCAAGGCUAUAUUAUCCGCAUCAGUACUGUUGUUGUUGUUGUUGUUGUUGUUGUUGUUGUUGUUGUUGUUGUUUCACUGUUGUCGCUGUUGUUCUCGUUGCUUUUUUAAUGAGAAAUGAAAUAAUAAACUCUUCAUACCAUUAUAAAAUAAGCAAACAUACUGUCAGUUGCAUUGCACAUUAUUUUUUUUCCUAUACUAUCAGUAAAAUUGUGAGAGAUCUUUCAUCUUAUACAUUUGCAAGCACCUAUAAUAACGCUUACGUACUCUAUUUUUCUAGAUGGUUUUGGGUUUAGUGACAGCAUCCUUGGUGUUAGUACUAUCAAUUUUUGCUGUGAUUUUAGAAGGUCCUGUUUGGCGAGGGUCUCUAAAAGCUGCCAUUAUUAUUAGUGAAAAUGACUGCAAGGACUUCGGUGGAAGAUGUCUUUGUCCUAUAAAAGGUACACUUAUAACUUUGUCUAUUUGAGUUGAUUGACUUUCUCACUCAUCGGUGAGAGGAUUUCCCAACAGGGUAUUGCCAAAUUGGUUAGGGACUGGUCAUAAUUUAUCAGGGAGGGGGGGGAGGUGUAAUUCAAAAUUUUAAGGAAUGAUAUUUUGUGACCCUGCUUUGCCAUAACCCAGAAAAAUAAUGCCCCCCCCCUCUCUUAUGUGAGAAGAACAAAAUGUGAGAAGGCAUGUAUAAAACAAUUAAUUGACUAAAACAGCAGACCCCCUCCCCACCUUCAUAAACUGUCUAAUAUUUUAUGAACCCCCCUUUUUCCUUGCUAAAAAAUAUGUGACCCCCCACUGUUUACACCUCCCCACCCCUCCUGCUAAAUUAUGACCAGUCCCUUAUUGCCCAGGGGAUCCGAGGUACCUAGCAUUUAACGUCCUUAUCCGAGAAGACGCGAACGUCUAACCAUUUACUGAUAUCAGUGUUUAAAGGCCUGGGUCAUAGCUCUUUCUCCUCAGUUAUUUUAAGACCUUGAAUAGAGGUCCAAGGAUUGAAGCUGGGUCUCCCAACUUGAAAGGCAAGCGUGGUGACCACAGAAUAAAGACCACCACACCACCACAAGAGCUUGUCGUGGAGUGUCUAUUAUUAGCCUGCGUGCAGCCUGACUUUAAAUGGAAAGACUUCUUCUCAUUUAAAGUCAGGCUGAUCACUGAUCAAUUUUCAAUCGUAAUUUUAUUUAGAUCUUAAUUCGUAUCCAGUCGAAUGUGAUGAGAUGAAAAAAGUCACUGUUAUCUAUACUGUCAUGGUCGCGUUUUCAGCCAUUGCUACUCUUGUUUGCUUAUUCGCGGCCUUUAUUUACUUCAGGAUCUUGGGAUGGAUGUUACAUGUAAGUACAAAGACAAAAAAUAAUUAGCCAUUUCGAAGUUGAUGAGUGGACUGGGGACGAGUGUUAAAAAGUGCACAAAUUAAGAAAUGAACUGAAUCAUUAAAAAGACCACCUCACUAUUAGUAAGUAUACAAAGUUUGAAGACGUUUACAUGAAUGCCCUUCGAAUAAUAAGCUUUCGAAAAUUAUGAAAUUACUGAUUAAAAGAUUGUUUUUGGGACGCGCGUCCCAAAAACAAAAAUUGCAAUACAUUUCAUAGUAAAUAUCGGAUUUUCGAAAGCUUAUUAUUCGAAAGAUAUUCAUGCAAACGUCUUCAAACUUUAUAUACUUACUAAUUUUGAGGUGCUCUUUUUAGUGAUUUGGUUCAUUUCGUAAUUUGGGCACUUUUUAACACUCGUCCCCAGUCCACUCAUCCACUUCGGAAUGGCUAAUUCUAUUCUCCGAUCCGAGUUCGUGUUAUCGAUUUCGUCUUCAUAUAUAGCAGAAAUAGACCCCAGAAUUGAAAUCCUCAUGCUCAAAUUAGUCUACACGAAAAUUGUCAUGAUGUUUGCACAUUCAUGGCGCAGGUUACGGCGUUUUGAAAAUUGUGUCAGUUAUUGUUGUAUUUCCAGUCAGGCAAAUUUCAGUGGCAUACCUUUGACCAACCUCGUACACAGGGUAUUACCUUUGCUCACCUCCUGUUGA